CAGGAUCCCGACGUGGGCACCAACUCGGUGCACACUUACCGGCUCAGCCCCAACGGGUUUUUUUCCCUCGAGGUGCAGACGCGCAGCGAUGCCACCAAGUUUGCGGAGCUGGUGCUGGAGCGCGCCCUGGACCGCGAGCAGCAACGCGUGCACCGGGUGCUGCUCACCGCGCUUGACGGCGGCGUCCCCGAGCGCUCGGGCACGGCUCACAUCCUCGUCACGGUGCUGGACGCCAAUGACAAUGUGCCCGUCUUUGACCAGCCCUCGUACAGCGUGAGCCUUCCUGAAGAUGCUCCUGCCGGCACCCUGGUCAUCCAGCUCAAUGCCACCGACCUGGAUGAAGGUCCCAACGGGGAGAUCGAGUAUUCCUUCAGUGGGCACGCGCCACCGCGAGCCCGCGAGCUCUUCCACAUAGAGCCCCGCAGCGGGCGGGUGCUGCUGAAGGGCCCCCUGGACUACGAGCGGGCAAGUCUCCAUGAGCUCUAUGUGCAAGCCAAGGACCGUGGCCCCUCGGCCGUGGCUGUGCACUGCAGGGUGCUUGUGCACCUCCUUGAUGUCAAUGACAAUGCCCCAGAGGUGACCCUCACCUCUGUGUCCACACCUGUGCUGGAGGAUGCCCCACCAGGCACCGUCAUUGCUGUCAUCAGCGUUCUGGACCGGGACUCUGGGGACAACGGGCAGGUGAGCUGCGAGGUCAGCCCUGAUGUGCCCUUUGAGCUUCGGUCCUCCUUCCGCAACUACUACACGCUGGUCACCACGCAGGCGCUGGACCGGGAGGUAGUGCCCGAAUACAAUGUGAGCAUCACAGCACGGGACAUGGGCUCCCCGGCCCUGCUCACCCGCAGCACCCUCACUGUGCCAGUGUCCGACGUGAACGACAAUGCCCCACGCUUCCUCCAGCCCUCCUACAGCGUCUACGUGAUGGAGAACAACGCGCCCGGGGCCUCCAUCUGCUCCGUCAGUGCGCUGGACCCUGACUGCCAACAGAACGCCUACCUGUCCUACUCCAUUGCCGAUGGGCACAUCCAUGGCAUGCCCGUGGGCACCUACGUGUCUAUUAACUCAGACAGCGGGCACAUGUAUGCCCUGCGCUCCCUCGAUUACGAGCAGAUCCGCAGCUUCCAGAUCCAGGUGCAAGCACAGGAUGCGGGUUUCCCCCCGCUCAGCACCAAUGUCACCGUCCACAUCUUCGUGCUGGACCAGAACGACAACGCUCCAGUCAUCGUUUCCCCCAUGCCGCACAAUGGCUCCGUGGCCACUGAGCUGGUGCCACGCUCAGCCAGGCCCGGCUACCUCGUGGGCACGGUGUCGGCAGUGGACGCGGAUGCAGGGCUGAACUCCCGACUCACCUACCAGCUCCUCCAGGCCACUGACUUCACCCUCUUCAGUGUGGCACCAGACACGGGUGAGCUGCGCACCCUGCGCUCCUUUCUGGAGCAGGAUGUGACCCGGCAGCAGCUGGUGGUGCAGGUGCGGGACGGCGGGCAGCCAGCCCUCUCUGCCACGGUGUCCCUCCUGCUUUCUGUGGUGGAAACCAUGCCACAGACUCUCUCUGACUUCAGCGAGUUCAGCCUCCCCCCAGAGACCUCCUCAUCCUCCCCACUCACCCUCUACCUCCUUGUCUCGCUGGGCUCCAUCUCCUUCACCUUCCUUCUUGCCAUCCUCAUCCUCACAGCCGUUCGGUGCCGUGGAGAGAGGCGCUCCUGCCAAGGUGACAGCUGCUCACCACCCCGCUGCCACUGCUGCCCUGGGUCCAGACCUUCCUCUGAUGGCCUGAAGACAUCCAACCUGACGGCGCAACCGCCCACGGGGACCACGGCCACCACCUGCCUUGACAUGCCGGGGGGUGGCCCCCCGGGAUACUGCUACAAGGUCUGCCUUGGUCCUGAGUCUGCCCAGAGUGACUUCAUGUUCCUCAAACCCUGCAGCCCUCCCCGGAACAAUGAGAAGGACCCUGCGAAGUGGUCCCAGCCGGGCCAGCGUCUCCAGGUCUCCAAGCAGAUCAAGCAGCCCAACACGGACUGGCUGCCUCCAAGCACACAGCGACCUGCCCUGAAGAGCUCCCAGAGCCUGGAAGACAUAGGGGAAAUCCGCAGAGCCUUUCAGAAGGAGCACGAGAGGCUGUGCACACUGGUGACCCCUGUCUCUGAGUUUCAGAAGGCUUCGGCAGGCACCAACAGCAUCUGGACAUCCCAGUACAGCCCUUUGUACCCAGGGCACGUCCCAGCCCUGGAUUAUCAGCACAAUGUCUACAUCCCUGGUACCCCCACGCUGCUUUCCAGCAAAGAUGGGCCCCUCUUCCUGGGCCGGGAGAACAAGAACAGCUUCUCCACCUUUGGCAAGAGGAAGAAGAUGACAACUUACAGUGACAUGCAUGACAGUGUGGUUAUCAACAAUGACCUGAAGUAG